CGUUUUGUUUUGCCCUUGCUACAUAAGGCGUAAGUAUUAGUGGAGCGGCAAGGAAGCUAGCAGUCUGAGGAGAAGAAAUUCGACUAUGCAAUUAGUGUAUCUGGCUGAACCCUAAGGACAAUAUACAGGUGAUCAACUUUUCAGAGUAGAGGUACCUCCCCACAAACGAGUUGGUUGAGGUUAGCAGUGGUCAAGAUGAUGAUGAGGAAAAGAGAAGAAAUGCAGUUCACCAAGCAGCCUUAUAUUGAAGAUGUGGGCCCUCGGAAAAUAAAAAGUAUUCAGUUUUCAACUUUUUCUAGUUCUGAAGUAAUGAAAUCAGCUGAAGUGGAAGUCUAUCGUGGAGUUUACUAUGAUGCUUCCAAGAAUCCUAUUCCCAAUGGCCUAUUAGACCCUCGCAUGGGCCCUCCAAACAAGACCAAAUCUUGUGCCACAUGCAAUGGAGAUUUCAAAGAAUGUCCUGGUCACUAUGGAUACUUGAAUCUUGCUUUACCAGUUUUUAAUGUUGGAUAUCUACCCAUCAUUAUCGACAUCUUGAAAUGCAUUUGCAAGGGUUGUUCCCGCAUUCUUCUUGGUGAAAAAGAACGUCUAGACUUCCUAAGAAAGAUGAGAAAUACAAAGUUGGAGCAUUUGAAAAAGAAUGAGUUGUUCAAAAGAGUUGUGAAAAGGUGCACUGCCAUGACAAGUGGUCGCAAGGCAGUGAUUUGUUCCAGAUGUGGAUGCGUAAAUGGAAUGGUGAAAAAGGGUCCUUUGAAGAUCAUCCAUGAAUAUGGAAGUCAGUUUUUAGAUGAGUGCCAUAAUGCUGUUUCUAACAAAGUCAAGGGAUCUAUUACUGUGCCUCCAGAACUUGACUCGAAGACAGUUCACGCCCUCUUCAAGAAAAUGAUAGAUGAGGACUGUGAGUUGCUUUAUCUUAGUGACAAACCAGAAAAACUCCUUGUCACAAGUAUCCCUGUGCCACCAAUAGCAAUACGCCCUUCUGUCUUUGUGGAUGGUGGAAUGCAGAGGUAUGUCUGGCUCAAGUGUAAUUGUGUGCAUUAUUCAGGAUUUGGCCUUUGUUGCAGUAAUGAGAAUGACAUCACAGAGAGGCUGAAGCGCAUUAUCCAAGCAAAUUCAAGUCUUCGACAAGAAAUUUCCGAUACAACUCUUCCAGCUAGAAGUCUGGCUAGCUGGGUUGAUCUCCAAAUGGAAGUUGCACAGUACAUAAAUAGUGAUGUACGUGGAUUGCCACCACAAAUGCAAGCUUCCAGGCCACUGAGUGGCUUUGUUCAGCGCCUCAAAGGAAAGCAAGGUCGUUUCCGUGGAAAUCUGUCAGGCAAGCGUGUUGAAUAUACUGGACGCACUGUUAUUUCACCUGAUCCAAAUCUUAAAAUCACUGAGGUAGCAAUUCCUAUCUUAAUGGCUCGAAUUUUAACAUUUCCUGAGCGUGUUUCACGACACAACAUAGAGAAGUUGAGGCAAUGUGUUCGCAAUGGGCCCAACAAAUACCCUGGUGCGAAGUAUAUCAAGCAUCCUGAUGGUACCGAGAUUUCGUUAAUGUACUCUAGUAGAAAGCGUCAUGCUGAUGAAUUGAAAUAUGGCUACAUAGUUGAUCGUCAUUUGGAAGAUGGAGAUGCUGUUCUAUUUAAUAGACAACCAAGUUUACAUCGAAUGUCUAUCAUGUGCCAUCGGGCAAGGAUUAUGCCAUGGCGCACAUUGAGAUUUAAUGAAUCUGUUUGCAAUCCCUACAAUGCUGAUUUUGAUGGUGAUGAGAUGAAUAUGCAUGUACCACAAACAGUAGAGGCUCGCACAGAGGCUCUUUUGUUGAUGGGGGUCCAAAACAAUUUAUGCACCCCAAAGAAUGGAGAAAUCUUGGUUGCUUCUACACAGGAUUUUCUAACAUCUUCAUUUCUCAUUACAAGGAAGGACACAUUUUAUGAUCGUGCUUCGUUUUCACUUAUGUGUUCAUACAUGGGCGAUGCGAUGGAUCACAUUGAUUUGCCAACUCCAGCUUUAAUUAAGCCAGUUGAGCUUUGGACUGGAAAACAGUUAUUUGGUGUGCUUCUACGUCCAUAUAGUAAAAUGAGAGUCUACUUAACCCUUACUCUUAAGGAGAAGUGUUACCCGAAAAAAGGAGAUCUAGAAACAAUGUGCCCAAGUGAUGGGUUUGUUUACUUCCGCAACAGUGAGCUGAUAAGUGGGCAACUUGGAAAGGCCACACUAGGAAAUGGAAACAAGGAUGGACUUUAUUCUGUGCUGCUAAGGGACUAUAACACACAUGGUGCUGCAAUAUGUAUGAAUCGGCUUGCAAAGUUGAGUGCUCGUUGGAUAGGGAAUCAUGGAUUUUCAAUUGGCAUAGAUGAUGUGCAACCAAGAAAGGAGUUAGUUGAAAAGAAGACAAUGGAAAUAGAGAAGGGGUAUGGGACAUGUGAAACGUAUAUAGCUUCAUUUAACAAGGGGGAACUUGAGCUACAACCUGGAUGUGAUGCUGCACAGACACUUGAAGCCAAUAUAACAAAGGAACUGAAUGGUAUCCGAGUGAAAACUGGGCGAGUGUGCACUGAUACACUACAUUGGAGGAAUAGCCCCUUAAUUAUGUAUCAAUGUGGUUCAAAAGGCUCAGAUCUCAAUAUUAGUCAGAUGGUUGCAUGUGUCGGCCAGCAAUCUGUUGGGGGUUGUCGUGCUCCAAAUGGAUUCAUGGAUCGGAGUCUUCCUCAUUUUCCUAUAAAAUCAAAAUUUCCAGCGGCUAAAGGAUUCGUCGCCAGUUCAUUUUAUGAUGGUUUAAGUGCUACUGAGUUUUUUUUCCACACUAUGGGUGGAAGAGAAGGCCUUGUAGACACAGCGGUUAAAACUGCUGACACAGGGUAUAUGUCUCGGAGGCUUAUGAAGGCUCUGGAGGAUCUUUCAAUUUUGUACGACAGAACCGUGCGAAAUGCAAGUUCAUGCAUAGUACAAUUUGAGUAUGGUGAUGAUGGUAUGGACCCUGCACAGAUGGAAGAGAAAAAAGGGCAUCCUCUGAACUUUAAUAGAUUAUUUAUGAAAGUUAAGGCAACAUGUCCUCCCGGAGAGGAAAAGAGUCUGUCAUCAUCAGAAAUCCAACAGGUGAUGCAUAAAAGGCUUUCAGAACAUGAUAUGACUCCAGAUGGGGGGUGCUCAAAUGCCUUCUGCAAAUCAUUAGAAGAAUUCAUUGAAAACAACUGUGUAGCAAGCUUAGAGAAAACACGGAAAGAUCUGAAACUUGAUGGGGAACAUAAUGCAGGGGAGGAUCUUGAUGCUCUUGAAAGUAUCACUUUAAAUAUAUCAGGUGUAACAAGAAAGCAACUACAGGUUUUCCUAGAGACCUGCAUCUCUCGUUAUCAUGCAAAGAAAUUGGAAGACGGAACUUCAAUCGGUGCAAUAGGAGCUCAGAGUAUUGGAGAACCAGGGACGCAGAUGACAUUAAAAACUUUCCACUUUGCUGGUGUUGCAAGCAUGAAUGUUACACUUGGUGUUCCUCGCAUAAAAGAAAUUAUAAAUGGAGCCAAAAAGAUCAGCACACCUAUUAUUAAAGCAAAACUUUCAUGUGAUGAUAAUGUAGCUUUUGGUAGAAUGGUAAAGGGUCGUAUCGAAAAAACUCUUCUUGGUCAGGUUGCCAAGAGUAUUAAGAUAGUGAUGGCUGCGAGAGUAGCAUCCAUAGUUAUAGUGCUUGAUAAGGAAGCAAUUCAAACUUCAUUUCUUUCCAUAGAUGCUUAUAUUGUUAAGGAAUCAAUUUUGCAGACUAAAAAAAUGAAGUUGAAGGAACAGCACAUCAAGGUUUUAGAUCCUAGAAAGCUGGAAGUUAUCCCUCAUGUUGAUCGAAGUAAACUUCAUUUUGAACUCCACCGUCUCAAAAAUAAGCUUCCUGGGGUUGUUGUGAAGGGUAUCGACACUGUUGAACGUGCUGUGAUCAACAAAAAAGAAAAGGGAAAGAAUGCGGGGAAGUACAACUUGCUUGUGGAAGGGACUGGUCUUCUAGCUGUUAUGGGCACAGCUGGAGUUUAUGGAUAUAACACAAAAAGCAAUCACAUCAUGGAAGUGAAUCAAGUACUUGGAAUUGAAGCCGCAAGAAAUCGUAUAAUUAAAGAGAUUAGGUAUACCAUGUCAAGCCAUGGAAUGACUAUAGAUUUACGUCACAUGAUGCUUCUAGCAGAUCUAAUGACUUCUAAGGGUGAAGUAUUAGGAAUUACUAGAUUUGGUAUUCAGAAGAUGAAAGACAGUGUAUUGACAUUAGCCUCCUUUGAGAAGACUGCUGAUCACCUUUUCAAUGCUUCUGUAAGUGGGCGGGACGACAAAAUUGAAGGAGUCGGUGAAUGCAUCAUUAUGGGCAUACCAAUGCAGAUGGGCACGGGGAUGUUUAAAGUUAUGCAAAGCAACACUUCUCAUCCAGUUGAGCUGAAUUAUGGAAAAGAAUCAAUUAUCCCCAGAGACGACUAGGAACCAAUUUUCACCAUGAUUUAACUCUUCAAAAGGUCGUCUUCAAAAUGACAAAGGAAGGGUUUAUGUUUGCGUAAAGAAAUCAACAGAGAAAGAGAAUGGAUGUGAGGCAGUAAAGUGCUCGCUCAUCAGGAUGGUACAGCAACGAAAAAUAUGGCCGAACACUGCUCUCUUCUGCUCGCUAUGCUCUCUUCUGCUCGCUAUGUGGAUAACAUUCAAAAAGGGAUACGCGAAGGUUGGCUCCCAAUUUUGCAUCCAAAAUGUUGCUCAGUUUUAGUGCAUAGCCUAACCGUUUUAACUUGCACAUAACCAUUUUGCAGAGUAGUUUGGUACAGUUGAAAAAAUAGUGGAGUAAGUGCACUUAUAUUUUUUGUUCAAGGGGUAAAGGAGGAAUUUUUU